AUGUUGCUGCAUAGAACACCAGAACCGCCACAUAGCAUUCAAAAGACUUGUCAAAUUUACAGUUUUCGAGUUUAUUAUAAAGAAGCUAAUGGAAUGUUGCAUGAAGCUAACACAUUAGAUUCAUUUAUUUAUGAAAAGACUAAGCUUUCGUCGUACAUUCAAGGUAGAUUUGAAACUUUCAUGUCAAUCUUAAGAAUGCAAAGCCACCUUUUGCUUUUCCCUGUCGUCUUCACUACUAUUCAAAUAGUUCUCACACAAGCUUAA